AUGCAGAGUCAGGAUCCACAGUCUUUUAGCUUGCUUCCUUUGCCAUCUCAGGGCAUAUUCUAUUUCACGCAGCAUGCUCAGGGUCAGGACCCACAGUCUUCUAUUGGUGGAGUUGUCGAGGGUAUUCUCCUUGUUUCUGCUUGUAUUGCCCAUGUUCUGUUUGAUUGUAGCACUUCCCAUUCCUUCGUGGCUAAGGAGUUUUUUCGAUCGACCAGUAUUCUGUCAGAGUUCGCGUCUGAGGCUUUGGCUGUUUCGACUCCCUUAGGGAAGUCUGUUGUUUUGAGCCGUCAUUGUUCUUCGUGCCCGGUGUUAGUUAGAGAGAUGAUCCUGCCCACCGAUUUGUUCGUGAUGCCGAUGGCAGAGUUCAAUGUUAUCCUGGGUAUAGACUGGGUUGUUGAGUAUCAUGCCAUCUUGGACUGUGCCGCGAGGAUAGUCACAUUUCAUAUUCCCGACCUGCCAGUGUUCCAGUUUGUUGCCGAACCUAGAGGAGAGCAGUUGUCCAGUUUAUUAGCUUGUAUGGUCGAGGAGUUCGUGGCAAGGUGUAUUGAGCAGCUGCCAAUAGUUUGCGAGUACCUGGAUGUGUAUUAG